AUGUCUCUCCUCGUCCUCUUUGCUGCAGUGUCUUUGGUUAUGACCGUCGUCCAGAUGACUCCCGCCACGUCCUUUGGGGCCAUUGGUCCUUCCGGCCCUCCAGGUCCUGGCUUUGACUAUCCAGCUACAAAUGUUCCCAUCGCGCCUAUUGCCAUCAUCCCCGAGACGGAUUUUAUCCCUGUGAGCAACGUCCAGCCGGUCGUCAACGUCUUUCCAACGGACUACAAUGAUUAUUCGUGUGGCUAUGGCUGGUGUGAUGGAUAUGGCGGUCAUGGAGGCUACGGCGGCUAUGGAUCCUUCUGA